AUGCCUUUAAGAGGAAUGUCCCGUCUUCGCGACUCAGCGGAAUAUGUAUCGAAAGCGAAACGUAGAUGGGCCGGUCACAUCAUGAAAAGAAUCGACGAUAGAUGGACUGAAAGAACGCUAGAUUCUGGAUCCCAAGAGAUGCUAAACGCCCUCGAGGGAGAUCGCCAACAAGAUGGGGUGUUCGCUACACGGAUGCCAGCUGAGAGCUCAGCUGGAUACGGCUCAAGGACCUCGUCAACGUCACUCACGAAACUUGAGAACAUCUGGACUAACAUGGAUGACAAUGGCGAGGGAACGAAACGAGUGGAAGAGAUGUGGGGCCCGCACGUCCAGUGA